AUGGAGCCGGGUGCGCCGCUGGUUGUGCAGUCAGAAGACGCCCAGGGUCAGCAUACCAUCGUGAUACGCAUCGUGCAGCCGCCACAGGGCGCAAUUGGACCGACACAGUGCAUGCCCAUAUCCGUGCAAGCGAUUCCCAUGUACACCAUGAUGCAGACGCAGCCACAGUCGUUGUCAGCGCUGCCCAGUAAUCCGAAUUAUUCAUCGAGGAUGUCGCAGAGGCAAUCCAAAACCAGAGCGCAGAGACCGCCGCAAAGUCAACCAUCCGUACAGGCCUAUUGUUGUGAGUGUUCCACGGAGGAGGAUCUGGCCAUGCCCACAGGCAGAGACGGAGGCCGAUCCAAUGGCAACCGAAGGUGCAGACAGGUGUGCUAUAAAGUGGAGUACAUGCUGUGUCCAGAGGAUGCCAUAUAUUGCAAUCAGUUCAGUGACGUGCGCGGCGGCACAUCGUCCAGUUGCCUUCAGUCCUGUGACGAUACCGAUCAGGAUGACUCACAGGCGGAACAGGAUUGCAACAAUCCAAUGGGAAAUAUACCACGCAAAUGCAAGUUCCAGUGCGAGAGCCAACCGAAUCCACAGGAGGAGGGCACAGUGCCAGACAAGAGCGACGAUCAGGCCAUCAAAGUUGAGCCAAGCGAGCAGAGUCAGAGCCAAGAAAUGCUCGAUAGCGAUGCUGAUCAAAUGGAGCAGAAGACCGAAGAUGCCUACCGCAGGGAUCAGAGCACCAAUACAAAUACACAGGAAUGCCCAGCAGCCCCGGAUCUGGAGUACAUAAAGGCGAUCUGCGAGUCGCUGGGUCGGGCCAUGGUUGCCUGUGCCACGGCGGCUGUGGAGGCAGCGGGAAAGUUGCCCCCCAAUAUGGGGCAUGGUCGUUCCGCCAGCAACUGGGUAACCCGCGAGUCGAGCUACUUUAUGGAACAGACACCGGAGGCAACGGAACCAUUCGAAUCGAGAUCCUGGGGGGACAGCCAGCCGAGCAUCAGGACGGAGCGUAUCAACCCACAGCUGUCCAUUGGACAAGAAGAAGCUCCCACAGAUGCUGCGGCAGAGAACAGCUUAGCGGCAUCCAUGGCCAAGAAGUCAGGGGACAGCCCAGGGAAAAGUUCUUCGUUCACUUUAAGAUCGAUACAGCAGCAGUUGGACGUGACGGAUUCACGAUUUGGGGCCAGGCAACCGUCCACCCGGUCGGAAUCGAAGGUAACACCAGACGACACCACAAAGUCGACACGAUGUUCGGAUGGGAGUGCUAAGGGAAGGAGGAGUGCGCGUGGUUCCACCCAGAGUAACAGACCUUCAGCCCCUGCUGCGAAACGGAAGAGUUUUGGCUCUGCCAGUGCUGCGGACAAGAAGAAGUCUCCUCGUGGCUCUGCCAGUGCUACAGACGAGAAGAAGUCUCCUCGUGGCUCUGCCAGUGCUUUAGCUGUACCCACAACCAGUGCUAACGAGCAGAAGAGUUAUUUAGCCAGUGCUGCCAAGCGGCCGAGUUCUCGCCGUGGCUCACUGAGUGCUGCGGAGAAGAAGAAGUCUCCCCGUGUCUCACUCAGUGCUACGGGCGAGAAGAAGUCUCCCCGUGUCUCACUCACUGCUGCGGACAGGAAGAAGUCUCCCCGUGUCUCACUCAGUGGCACAGAACGAAAGAGUUCUUCUCGCGAUAACAUCAAGGGUGCCAAAUCUUCAGGCAUGGCUGCGGAACAGAAGAGUUCUGCUCGAGGCUCAGCCACUGCUUCAGAGGGGAAGUGCGGAAGUACUCGUUGCUCGCAUCGGUGUGCUGUACCUGAGGAACCAAAGAGUUCACCGCCUGGCUCCAUCCACAGUUUAGGCAAUGCUGCCGAAGAGAAGGAUUCCCCCCGUGAAUCCAUUCGGAGUGGCAAAUCCUCAGCCAGUGUUGCAGAACGGAAGAACUUUCCUCGUACCUCAGCCACUGCUUCACAACGGACGUGCGGGAGUGCUACUUGCUCAAUUCGGAAGGCUGUACCUGUAGCUUCAACCAGUGAUGCGGAACAGAAGAGUUCUCCCUCAGGCUCCAUCCACAGUGUACAGAAUGCUGACCAUGCUGCGGAAGAGAAGAAUUCCCCCCGUGAAUCCAUUCGGAGUGAACAAUCUACAGCCAGUGCUGCAGAACGGAAGGAUUCAAUCGCUGGCUCCAUCUACAGUAAAAAAUCUUCAGGCAAUGCUGCAGAACAAAAGGAUUCCCCCCGUGAAUCCAUUCGGAGUGGCAAAUCCAUAGCCAGUGUUACGGAACGGAAGAAUUCCCCCCGUGAAUCCAUUCUGAGUGGCAAAUCCUCAGCUAGUGUUGCGGAACAGAAGAACAUUCCUCGUACCUCAGCCACUGCUUCCCAACGGACGUGCGGGAGUGCUACUUGCUCAAUUCGGAGUGCUGUACCUGUAGCUUCAACCAGUGAUGCGGAACAGAAGAGUUCUCCCUCAGGCUCCAUCCACAGUGUACAGAAUGCUGACAAUGCUGCGGAAGAGAAGAAUUCCCCCCGUGAAUCCAUUCGGAGUGGCAAAUCCAUAGCCAGUGUUACGGAACGGAAGAAUUCCCCCCGUGAAUCCAUUAGGAGUGAAAAAUCUACAGCCAGUGUUGCAGAACAGAAAAAUGCCGGCCUUGUCCCAGCCAGUGAUACGGUCCAAAAGAAUUCUCCCAGUGGCCCACUUAACGCCACAGAACGGAAAACCACUUCCCGUGCCCAAGGUUUGGCCAACAAGAAAGCAACUUCCGUGGGCAAACUCGGCGGCAAUCGCAGUUCCAGGAGCGGCGGCGCCCAAAGCAGCCAACCGCUGGCAAAAGGCAAGACGAGGACAUCCAAAGAGCCAAACCAAAGAACAUCCUCCAAGGAUGGCAAACGGCGACUAAAGCUUCAAGCAGCACCCGCCACCUUCUCCUCCGACUCCUCACACACUGAUGAAACCUCUUAA